AUGGCUGCAUCCACAAGGAAAACUGCUGUAGUAGUUCUCAGCUUGUUCUUGCUGUGUUGCAAUACCUUGCUGCUACCUUCAUCGGCUUCCUCCGAUUCCUUUCUGCAAUGCCUCUCGGUGAUGAUGCCAAGCGAGCUGGUGUACCAGCAGAGCUCGAGCAGCUUCACUUCCGUGCUGCAGUCGUCCGUGCAGAACCCCAGGUUCGUGACCAACACCACGGUGCGGCCGCUGUGCAUCAUCACGGCGUCCGACGUCUCCCACGUCCAGGCCGCCGUGCGCUGCGGCCGCUGGAACGGCGUGCGCCUCCGAGUGCGCAGCGGCGGGCAUGACUACGAGGGCCUCUCCUACCGGUCCGUUCAGCCCGAGGUGUUCGCGGUGCUGGACCUAGCCAGGCUCCGCGGCGUGCAUGUGCGCCCCGGGGACGACAGCGCGUGGGUGGACGCCGGCACGACGCUGGGCGAGCUGUACUACGCCGUGGGCACGACCAACCCGGGGUUCCUGUUCCCGGGAGGCGCGUGCGCGACGGUUGGCGUCAGUGGCUUCAUCAGCGGCGGCGGCAUCGGCCUGAUGAUGCGCAAGUACGGCGUCGGGGGCGACAACGUCGUCGACGCCAGGAUCGUCAACGCCAACGGCGACGUCCUCGACAGGGCCGCCAUGGGGGAGGGCCUCUUCUGGGCCAUCCGCGGAGGCGGCGGCGAGACCUUCGGCGUCGUGGUGGCGUGGCGCCUGAAGCUCUCGAAGGUACCACCGACGGUGACGGUGGUCAACAUCCAGAGGACCAUGGAGCAGGGCGCCGCCGACCUCGUCGCCAAGUGGGAGACGACCAUCCUCCAGCCGGUCCUCCCGGACCUCACCAUCCGGGUCGUCCUGCAGCACAGACACGCCUUCUUCCAGACACUCUUCCUCGGCAGGUGCUCGGACCUCCUCAGCACGAUGGGCAGCCUCUUCCCGGAGCUCGGCACGACGGCGGCCGACUGCAACGAGAUGAGCUGGCUGCGCGCCAUGGCGUUCAUCUACUUCGGCAACACCAACACGCCGGUGGAGGCGCUGCUGAACCGAACCAACAACGUGGGCAACUACUACUUCAAGAGCAAGUCGGACUACGUGCGCCGCGCCGUCGGCAAGGCCGGGUGGGACAGCCUGUACCAGCAGUGGCUCUCGCAGAACGGCAACGGGCAGAUGAUCCUGGAGCCGCACGGCGCGGCGGUCGGUGGCGCCAACACGAUGACCACCUCGCCGUACCCGCACCGCAGGGGCGUGCUGUUCAACAUCCAGUACGGCUCCAACUGGUGCUGCAGCGCCAAUGGCACGGAAGCGGCGGACGCGCUUGGGUGGCUCAACGGCCUUUACGGGUUCAUGACGCAGUUCGUCACCAGCAGCCCCAGGGAGGCGUUCGCCAACUACCGCGACCUGGAUAUGGGCCAGAACGUGAUCGGCGGCGAUGGGUUGUCGUCGUACUGGAGCGCGAGGGCGUGGGCGGAGAGAUACUUCAUGGGGAACUACCGGCGGCUGGUGGCGGUGAAGGCAGCUGUUGAUCCCACUGACUACUUCAGGAACGAGCAGAGCAUCCCACCACUUCCCAAGUAG